GAGGGAGGGAGGGAGAGAAAGAGAGCGAGAGGGGAGGAGACGGCUUCGGCGCUUCCCUUUCGGCCUUCGCCUGCCCCGUUUACAGGGCUUUGAAGUUGGGGACGGUUGCUUCAGUACUCUCCUCAUAUAGAUUCCUUGCCGAUCAUGAAUUCCUCUGUCAGAAUCUGACGGUCGAGUUUCUUAUUUCUCUGGAUAUUUUCGACUGUCAAUUUUACGUGUCUUUAUCUUCGGCCAGAUUUCAGUGAAACCGGGAUCGAUUAGGAUGUUGUAUUGGAAGAAGCUGGACUUGUUGGGAUAUUACCUUCAUGAGCAAUACAGAACGUGAAUGACCCCCUGGUGCGUCUGUAAACGAGAUGGCAAAAAGAGAUAUAAACAUGGAGGAGAAGGAAGAGGAGGAUCAACUUCUCUUAGAAAGUUUGGGUGUCACAUCUGCCAAUCCUGAAGAGAUUGAGCACCACAUAUUGACAGAGGCAAAGGCCGAUACAACUGAAGAUGGCAGUGAGUUAAAGAAGGGGAUAGAAGGUGAGGAUAAAGACAAGAUACAAGAUGCAAAAGCGUCAUCUGGAAUCCGGGCAGAACUGGAAAAAAGAUUGAGGGUCUUAGAAGUUGAGAUAGGUGCUGUUGCAGCUAGCCUGAAACAGACUAAAAGCUUUAUAAAAGGCAAAGAAGUUACCUCCACUGAGGUGGGAGCUUCUCUGCAAGGAACUAAUGAUGAUGGUAAAGGUGUUAGUGAGGCUGCGCGUUCUAAUAGUGGAUUAUUUCUUCAAAGAGCACUGGCUACUGAUAGGUUAAGAAGCCUAAAGAAAACAAGAGAUCAGCUAAACGGUGAGAUCACUGUUUUGGAGAAUGAUGCUUCAGUUAACUGUCUUGAGGAUGACAAAAUGCUUCAUAAGCUGGUUAAGGAAAACAAUCCAAAAAUCAAGUCAAAGGUUUCUUACUCACAGAACAAGGAAACCAUAAAAAGGAAGACAAAGAAAAUAGUUUCAUAUAAUGAGGAUGUUGAUUUUGAUGCCGUACUGGAUGCUGCUUCUGCUGGAUUUGUUGAAACAGAACGGGACAAGUUGAUCCGGAAAGGCGUUCUUACUCCUUUUUAUAAACUAGAGGGAUUUGAGCGCCGGCUUCAACAACCUGGACCAUCUGAUAGAAGUAAUAUUCCAGAGGAUGCUGUGGAUAAUGAUCAUUCAGCAACUGCCAUUGCUAAAUUUGUGUCCUCAGUUUCAGCAAUUGCUCAGGCUCGUCCUGCAACUAAAUUGCUCGAUGCAGAAUCUUUACCGAAACUUGAUCCGCCCACUCAUCCAUUUCGCAGGUUGCAGAAAAGAGCUAAUGUAGGUGGAAAGUCUGGUGGUGAUAUGCAUGAGAAACCUCAACAAAGUGGGAUAAGAAAAAGGAAAAGACCUGUACCGGACAAAAGGUGGAGGAAAGAUAUCUCUUGUGAGGAAAGGCCUUUUGAAGCAGAUGGUGAAAUGAAUGAAAGGGCAACUUCUGAUGACACUGAUACAGGUGGUUUAGAGAAUGAACCUUUGGAUGCAGAAGAGCCUGAAGAUACAACAGAAGAUGGACAAGCUGCCGUUACUCUUGAAGGAGGACUAAGAAUUCCAGAAUCUAUCUUUGGCAGACUCUUUGAUUAUCAAAAAGUUGGAGUACAGUGGCUGUGGGAAUUGCAUUGUCAAAGAGCAGGUGGCAUUAUUGGGGAUGAAAUGGGUUUGGGCAAGACCAUUCAAGUAAUUUCAUUCUUGGCAGCUUUGCAUUUCAGUAAGAUGUACAAACCUAGUAUUAUUCUUUGCCCUUUGACUCUCUUGCGCCAGUGGAGAAGAGAAAUACGAAGCUGGUAUCCCUACUUCCAUGUUGAGAUACUUCAUGACUCUGCGCAAGAUUCUGUAGAUAGACAACAGAAAACUUGCUCCAGUGAAAGUGAUUAUGAAAAUGAGGCUUCAUCUGAUAAUGACCAUGAACAAACCCCUAAUACCAACAAAGGUUGGGAUCUUCUGAUAGAUCGUGUUGUGCAAUCAGAGUCUGGAUUGCUGAUCACUACAUAUGAGCAACUGCGACUUCAUGGAGAAAAGUUGCUCGACAUAGAGUGGGGUUAUGCUGUUUUGGAUGAAGGCCAUCGUAUCAGAAACCCAAAUGCAGAAAUUACCCUAGUUUGCAAGCAACUUCAAACCGUGCAUCGCAUCAUAAUGACAGGUGCUCCAAUUCAGAACAAGCUGACUGAACUAUGGUCACUGUUUGACUUUGUAUUUCCAGGAAAGUUAGGAGUCUUACCUGUUUUUGAGGCUCAGUUUGCUGUUCCAAUCUCUAUUGGUGGCUAUGCAAAUGCGACACCCUUACAAGUCUCUACUGCUUACAGGUGUGCAGUGGUUCUCCGUGACCUAAUAAUGCCAUAUCUACUAAGGCGCAUGAAAGCUGAUGUUGAUGCUCAGCUUCCGAAGAAAACAGAGCAUGUUCUGUUUUGUAGUUUGAGUGCCGAUCAGCGAUCAAUGUACCGUGCCUUUUUGGCUAGCUCAGAAGUAGAACAAAUUCUGGAUGGAAAUAGAAAUUCACUUUACGGCAUAGAUGUUAUGCGCAAGAUAUGUAAUCACCCCGAUCUGCUUGAAAGAGAGCACUCUGCUAGUCACCCUGACUAUGGCAACCCAGAACGUAGUGGGAAAAUGAAAGUGAUCUCUCAAGUAUUGAAGUUGUGGAGGGACCAAAAUCACCGUGUUCUCCUUUUCACGCAAACCCAACAAAUGCUGGACAUCCUUGAGAAUUUCCUCACUGCAAAAGGUUAUGUUUAUCGCCGUAUGGAUGGACUUACUCCUGUGAGACAAAGGAUGGCCUUGAUAGAUGAGUUUAAUAAUUCAAGUGAUGUAUUUAUUUUCAUCCUCACCACCAAAGUGGGUGGCUUGGGAACAAAUUUGACUGGUGCAAACAGGGUGAUCAUUUUCGAUCCUGAUUGGAAUCCUUCUACUGACAUGCAGGCAAGGGAACGCGCUUGGCGGAUUGGUCAGACACGUGAUGUAACAAUUUAUAGGUUGAUCACCCGUGGCACCAUCGAAGAGAAGAUUUACCACAGGCAAAUUUAUAAACAUUUUCUCACUAAUAAGAUAUUAAAGAACCCUCAACAGCGAAGAUUUUUCAAGGCUAGAGACAUGAAAGAUCUUUUCACUCUGAAGGAUGACGAAGACAGUACAUCAACUGAAACAUCAAAUAUUUUCAGUCAAUUGUCUAGUAAUGUGAAUGUGGAUGUAAGAAAAAAUGGCAUGGAUGGCAUGGAACCUCCAAUUGCAAGCACUGGAAAAAAUAAAGAGACAGGUAAAGGCAGAAUACACGUAGCUAGAGAGAAUGCAAAUGACCCUGCUAGAGACGGGCAACCAGAUGAAGGAUCAAACAUGCUGGAAAGCCUUUUGGAUGUUCAUGGCCUUCAUAGUGCCAUGAAUCAUGAUGUUAUUAUGAAUGCAAAUGAUGAAGAAAAGCUGAGGCUUCAAGAGGAAGCAUCUCAAGUUGCACAAAGAGCAGCAGAAGCUCUACGGCAAUCACGAGCAUUCAGGAGCCAAGACAGUAUCUCAAUUCCUACCUGGACUGGAAGAUCCGGUGCAGCCGGUGCUCCAUCUUCAGUGCGAAUGAAGUUUGGGUCCACUGUUAACUCAAAACUGGUUAAUGCUUCAAAGCUCCCAAAUCCAUCCUUGGGUGCUGGGUUGUCUGUUGGUAAAGCCCUCUCCUCAACUGAACUGCUGGCUAGAAUUCGGGGUGCACAAGAAAGUGCAAUUGGUGCUGGUCUUGACCACCAACUUGGAUUACUUGAGGUACCUGGUUCAAAUAAUAUUGUCAAUAAUGGAAGACCAGUUGGCUCAAAUCAUGUUGCUUCUAGUUCAUCCCGCAGCAAUGGGGACAUUCAGUCAGAGAUUUUGAUUCAGCAGCUCUGUGAAUUCAUUCAACAAAAAGGAGGAAGCACCAGUUCAUCGACUAUUGUGGAGCACUUUAAGGACAAGGUUCCUUCCAAAUAUCUGCCUUUAUUUAAGAACCUCCUCAAGAAAAUUGCAACACUUGAGAAGGGAUCAACUGGAUCAAAGUGGAUUCUGAAACCAGAAUAUCGACAUUAAUUACUGGUAUAUGCUCGUUGGCUAUCAUCCUAUUUGCCUUCAUGCCUGCACACAGCAGCGCACGUACCCAUGAUGGCUAUGCAGCACGUCAGCACUUCUGUACGCUAGGGAUAUCUGCUGCAUUUUUUGGGUUCAUCUUGGUGUACUGAUCUUACUAAUCUUAUGGUUCACUUAAUGAAGGAAGCCCAAGUUGGGCAACCUUGUAGCGUAUGUCCAGAUUAGCACACUCAUCUAAGGAGGUGACGUGCUUCGGAUAAAGUCAAGUGCAAACUCUUAGGAAGAGGAUACCUUGAUCAGAAUGCGGCAAUUAUUGAAAGAAGUGAUAAUGCACCAGAAGAGGAAGUCUGUGAUGCAGGAGUUCCGUUACGUGCAUCUGGAAAUCUGCUCUAUUCUCUAUUCUUGUCGCAAGAAAAGCUUUCUGUAUUAUAUUGCUUCAGAGUGAUCCUUUUGGCAAGGUGAAAUUUUGAUCAGGAGGGAUGGACGGUGGCCGUGGAUGCUCAUGUACACGGUCUAACGUGGUAGUGAAUUCAGCCGGAAUUUUGGUUCCUCCCAUUUGGGAGCGUCUGGCACUUCAUAGAACAAACUCGCUUACUGAUUGCUUAAGGAGCAUUUUUUUCCUUCUUCCUUGCAAUAAUUUUUUUCACCAAUUGUUGUAUAUCUUUCUAUCAAGUUUUCUUUUUGUACAGAUCUCUACAUUUUGCUCUGUUUAGUCUUCAUAUAUCACGAUCCUUUUUUCUAGUGCA